AUGGUCCGGGAGGGUGACGUUCACGAUGAGCUCUCUGAAGAGGAGGCAUCAUCGCAGAUGAACGAUGCACCGGGGUCAGAGCAGCUCGAGCGGCAGGACACGAGCCGACGGGAGGAGCAAAGGCACGACGAUGGCAGCGUCGGCAGUGAUAAGAGGCAGCCGCGCGCUCAUCUGCGCACCGACACUCGCACUCGCGCUGGACUCGCCCGCUUGCUGCAACAUCUGAAACCGGAAAAGCAAGGCAUAGAGCCGCUCUCGCUAAAGCUGCUACGUCCCCCUCAGAACAGCAGCGACAUUCUCCAACUCUUCUACCUCUGGUCCAGCGCAAAUCUCAACAUUCUCUCCUUCUCCACCGGCGCACUAGCGCCAACUUUGGGCUUGGAUAUGCGAUCCAGUCUGAUCUGCAUUCCUCUUUGGAUAGCCCUCUUCAGCUUGGUGCCCGCUUAUGUGGCCACCUUUGGACCGGCUACCGGCCUGAGACAGAUCGUGUUCUGCAGAUACUCUUGGGGCUACUAUGCCACGGGCGUCAUCAUCGUGCUCAGCUGCGCCACGCAGCUGGGCUACAGCAUCCUCAACACCAUCCUUGGAGGUCAGACUCUACGCGCCGCCUCUUCCUCCCUCUCCCUCUCCCUCAACGCCGGCAUCAUCCUCUCCAUCCUGCUCUCCCUCCUCAUCUCCUUUUCAGGUCUGCACAUCCUCACCCUGUUCGAGCGUUACGCCUGGAUCGUCGUCUUGCCCGUCCUCAUCGCUUUGCCUGCUGUGGCCGGUACUGGAGCUGCGGGGCUGCACUUGCCGGUAGAAGCGCCGCUCACUACGCAGGAGAGAGCCAGAGCGGUCUUGGCUAUGGGGGCUGUGCUUGCUGGCUACGUCAUCACUUGGUCCACAAUGUCUUGUGACGUCACGCGACACUUGCGUCCAAGCACCUCGCGUCGCCUCCUCUUUCUCUCCGUCUACCUCGGUUUCCUCCUCUCCACCGCUCUGACGAUGGUGCUAGGGGCCUCCUUUGCGCACGCUUCUCAAGACAUUCCAAUCUGGUCCGAAGCUCUAUCCACGUCUUCAGGACAACUCGUGCGCAUUGCGCUCAAGGACGGAGCGGGAGCUAGGUUCGCCAAUGUCAUCCUAGCGCUCAGCACGGUGGGCAAUGUGGCGCUCACUUUUUAUUCGUUUGGAUUGAGCUUUAUGAGCUUGCCCCGAGUGUCUCUCAGCAGAGCGAUGCACAGCAAGGGCGAGGCGAAGCGCGAGGAGCGGAUGGAGAGGGAGGAAGCUAGAGACCAUGCUGGCAAAGAUCAAAAUCAUCAGGUCUCCUCAGCUCCCGAAACGCACGCGUCACUGGGAAGAAGAGCGACAAAGCUGAUGAAGCGGCUGCAGCAUCAGCUGCCUCGUUUCAUCUAUCCCCUACUCGCCACUGCUAUCGUGCUGCCACUCUCCAUCGUGGGAGCUAAUAAGUUCAGUCAGACAUUGACCAACUUUUUGAGCAUCAUUGGCUAUUGGGCUGCUCCUUUUUGCGCGACCCUGCUCAUGGAACAUUGGAUGUUCAAGAUGCCCGAUGCCCGGCGACGAGCGAGAAGCGGGCUGGUGGAGCACGUGGGAGCGCGCGCGCUGGGACAAGAGAGCAAGCCGUCGUGGCAGGUGCCAGCAGGGCAAGAUGAGAGCGAGAGCGCCGCAGCGGAUCGGAACGAGUCUGGGAGCGCGAAUCGCAAUCGCGAUGCGCAGAUGCGGGAGGCGGGGGUGGAAGCGGAUAGUCUGAAUGCACCAUUAGCACUAGCCUACCCUCAAAGCAUCUAUGCGAAUCCCAACAAACUGCCGACCGGACUCGCUGCGCUAGCCACUUCCGUACUGAGCGUGGCGAUCAUGGUUCCCUGCAUGGACCAGGUCUGGUUUGCUGGACCAUUAGCACGACGAUCUGGAGAUUUGGCUUUCGAGGUCGGCUUUGCCCUCUCGAUCGUGCUUUAUCCGCCCAUCAGAUUGGUGGAUAGGCAUUGCUUUGGGAGAUAG